GACAACUAAUAAAUACACUGAAUUCCAAAAAAAAAGCCAUGGCCCAUGGGUUGGUGAUGUUCAAAGAUGUGGCUAUAGAUGUCUCUCAGGAGGAAUGGGAAUGCCUGAACCCUGCACAGAGGAAUUUGUACAAAGAUGUGAUGUUGGAGAACUAUAGCAACUUGGUUUCACUGGGACUUUCUAUUUCUAAGCCAGCUGUGAUCUCCUCAUUGGAGCAAGGGAAGGAGCCCUGGAUGGUUAUGAGGGAAGUGAUAGGAGAACAGUUCCCAGACUUGGUGUCCAAGUGUGAGUCCAAGAAGUUAUCUCCAAAAAGAAACAUUUAUGAGACAGAAUCAUCCCAAUGGGCUAUAAUGGAACCAUUUAAAAUCCAUAGUCCUGAGAAACCCAUUUUCAGAGAUAUUUGGGCAUGCAAAAGUCAGUUUGAGAGACAACAGGGAAAACAGAAGGGCUAUUUCAGGCAGUUUAUUAUCAACCAUGAGCACAUGCCCAUUUUUAGCCAACAUAUUUUGUUCACUCAGGAAUUUUAUAAUAGACAGAAAAUCUUUGAAUGUAAAGAAUGUAGAAAAAACUUCAGUUGCCAUUUAUUCUUUAGUCAUCACAAAACUCAUUCUAAAGAAAAACUUUCUGAAUGUAAGGUAUGUGCAGAAACUGUUGAUACAUCAUACCUUACUAAACAACAGAGAAUUCAAAAUAGUAACAAGUGCAGUGAAUGUAAGGAAUGUUGGAAGGCCUUUAUUCAUUGCUCACAACUUAAACAUCAGAGACUUCAUACUCAUGAGAAACCCUAUGAGUGUAAAGAAUGUGGGAAGGCCUUUAAUUAUGGCUCAGAACUUAUUCUACAUCAGAGAAUUCACACUGGUGAGAAGCCUUAUGAAUGUAAGGAAUGUGGGAAGGCAUUUAGGCAGCGAUCACAGCUUACUCAACAUCAGAGACUUCAUACUGGUGAAAAACCCCAUGAAUGUAAACAAUGUGGGAAGGCUUUUAUUCGUGGCUUUCAACUUACUGAACAUCUGCGACUCCAUACUGGUGAGAAACCCUAUGAAUGUAAAGAAUGUGGAAAGACUUUUAGAUAUCUAUCACACCUUACAAUACACCAGAGAAUUCACACUGGUGAGAAACCCUAUGAAUGUAGAGAAUGUGGAAAGACCUUUAGUUAUCACUCAAGCUUCUCUCACCAUCAGAAAAUUCAUUCUGGCAAAAAACCUUAUGAAUGUAGUGAAUGUGGGAAGGCCUUUUGUGAUGGCUUACAACUUACUCUACAUCGGAGGAUUCAUACUGGUGAGAAACCCUAUGAGUGUAAGGAAUGUGGGAAGACUUUUAGGCAGUGCUCACACCUCAGAAGACAUCAGAGAAUUCACACUGGUGAGAAACCUCAUGAAUGUAUGAUAUGUGGUAAGGCCUUUAGACUUCAUUCACACCUUAUUCAACAUCAGAGAAUUCAUACUGGUGAGAAGCCGUUUGAAUGUAAGGAAUGUGGAAAGACCUUUAGCUAUCAUUCAAGCUUCUCACACCAUCAGAGAAUUCAUUCUGGGAAGAAACCAUAUGAAUGUGGGAAGGCCAUUAAUCAUGGCUUACAAUUUAAUGUACAUCAGACACUUCAUACUGUUGAGACUUCAAUAAAUUUUCUUCUCUCCCCAUCCUAG